AUGAUGACGAAACAUGUCACAAUCUAUCCUCCCGAAAUCUUUGGUGGCCUAGAGAUGAAUGUAGACAAUCUUACCAUUCAACGAAGAUUCGUGUUCGAUUUUGUCGACGUGUGUUUGAGUGAUCAACUAGGCUCUAGUGUCUCUGCAUUUUUAGAUCGGGCGUCACUGGAAAGCGCCGUUCACGAUGCUCUGGGUCAGUUACCGUGCCCGACGCCCACAAAAGCCCUUGCCCAUAUGGUGCUUGCGCUUGGAACACAUUUUUUACAAUGCGAAGGCCGAUGUGAAAGACUACCAGAACUCCAACACAAUCCUAUCUUUCACUUUAAUGAGGCCUUGAAGUUUAAAGAUCAGCUGUUGAAUGAUAUCUUCUCUGUUCAGAGUUUACAGACUUUCUUUGGGCUACUCAUUGAAUCGAGAGAAGCCCGUAGUUUCUUGUUUGACUGCAUUCGAUAUUCACAAAUAAUGCGCUUGAACAGAAGCAGCUCAAUAGAUGCAUUGUGUGCUACACCAGAAGACAGGAGAAGAGUGAAGAAGGCCAUGUGGUUUUUAUACGCCAUGGAGCAGCGCUUUUGUCUUCGGACAGAGACUUUUCCUCUUCUUAAUCACGACUUUAUCGAUCAUGAACCGCCAAAACCAGAAGGGCAUUCGGCCUCAGUUGAUUGGUUGUCAAUAUUGUGCCACCAUGCAAGUCUCUGCGCGUUCAUCUUACAAGAGUUCUACGGCCAAAAAGCACUGCAAAGCCAAGGCUCGAGUUACAUCUUUGACCUCGAAGAGCAACUCCGUAAAUGGAUGCAACGACUGCCAUCGGAACUUCAAUUAGUAGAUGGCCAAAUAGUUGGCUUGAACACCAUGAGAUCCCAAGAACGAAGAAUAAAGCUCCACAUUUUCUGUCUGUACUAUGAGAUUCUUCUUGCAGUAUAUGCAAAGCAGACAUCCACAGAGUCUCUAGCUGUUACUGAUGUCAUUAUGUGGCCAUCAUUUGGGGAUCAGCAACAAACUUCGGCAGUGAAAAAGCUCCUUGAGGCUAGCCAUCAGUUCACCGUGGCAGACGUCAUUUUAUCAACUAAUUCGCGUCGCUUCUUGUAA